GCAUCUCAGUCGGAGCUACUACCACUGACUGAAGUGUUCCUUGACAGAGAUGACGCCAUCAGGAACGGCCUCAUCAUUGAUGGUACCCGCUAUGAGGUGCACAGGCAUCAUCCGCCUCUUGUGUAUGGGCGAACAAUGACAGACGAGCCUGAAAGCAGCGAAGGCGCUGCCAUUUGCAAGGUUGAGGAUGGGCCUGGCGGAUCCUCAGCAUUUGCUGUGAUCACUUACAAGAUGCCGAAUGUGUCAGCACGGAUGGUGCAGCUGCUCACAGACUUCUGCAAUGCAGAGCUCAAGCAUUGAAUAGAAGAGCGCACGACACGUGGCGGUGCUUUUUGAACAUCUGGCUGUUUGCAGGCAUGCGUGUUUUACAUAUGCUGCGGUCCUGUGCAAAUUCUUUUGUGUUGUCAUCAUGAUUGCAAGCAUACCUAUAUAAUGAUUAUAUCGAUGUUCUUGGUUUUUUGCGGGAGUCUGUCCGGGGAUCCCCUGCCGCGAUUAUCUAGCCUGCCGCGAUAUAGUUAUCCGCAAACCUUGGAGGUUUGCGGAUAACUCUUUAAACUUCUAUUCUUGGUUGCCUCAGAAGGCGUGAAUAUCAAAUCCAAACUGCCACUGCUGCGGUUGGCUGCAGCUGCAAGCAGCUGAACUCAUCAAGACCUAGGACCUAGGACUACUGUCAUAUUUCCUGCCUGCCAGGCAUAGACUGCUGAUGUCAACAGCACAAUGUGCAGCAUACAGUGGGCCCAAGGCUAUGUGGUUGCUGCCUAGGGGAACAGGGCCUUGUCAAGAGCCAAAACUUGAUAUAAUUCAUUCCAGAUUACCUCAGGUUGCUAGGGCGGCUUCAAGCUGGCAUGUUGGCAACAUUGGCGCCGACCGGGCCGGCCGGGGCCCGGGGCCCGCAGCUGCAUUCAGGUAGCUGCCAGAAUGUCAUAAAUUCAGAUCGGCCAUUUGCAAAUCUUUGACAUCUUUUCAGAGCC